AUGAAACUAGAUAUUCGAAGCAUAUUCGAUUUAUUCAAACCAACUCGAUUUCCAUCAGAUGCCAAAAUUAAAACAAAAGCAAGUCUUAUUCAAGAAGCAUUGAAUAAAUAUAUUGAAAAUUCACUAUUUUGUUAUAAUAAUUGCACGAGUCCAUUGAAUGGUGAAUGCAUCUCAACAGCAUACUUUCGCUUUGGUCUAUGUCAAUGCAAACCCGGUUGGUCGGGAAUCUCUUGUUCCAAUCAGUUGCCGAAACCUAAUGUUUUCAGUGAUCUCAUAUGCGGUCUUCGAACGAGUACUGGUGUGGAUUGUGGAGGGAUUAAUCCAGAGAGUGGUACGUGCCCAGCUGACUACGCUCACGAUGCAUGGUUCAUUGGUAAGACGGGUAUUGAUGUAAUGAGUUUUUGUUACAAGUCUAAAACAGAUACAAGUUUCGAUCGAAUUGGUACCAUAUGUGGUCUUACUGUGGGUUCUGGAGGACAAAAAUGUGGAGGACAAGAUCCAUGGUCAGAGGAUUGUCCUGAUGGAUAUGCAAUGUAUGAAUGGUUGGUGCAGUGGAGUAAUAAUGGCAGGAUGAUUUGA